CAGUGCUCCUGCUCAUGAAAAUCAGUACUGGGCAUCAGUAGCUGCCGUCAUUUUUCCUACUGCCUCAGAUAUACACGAACGUCGUGCUACUCAUGUCAGCGUCCUGGACAACUUUGGGCUCCAGCCGGCCGUUGCGCCGAGGCAGCUGGCAGAGCCAACCCCGGCUCCGCGCCGCCAUGGCUCUGCAUGGACGUGCAGCGCGGGCCGCCGCCGCCUCCCUGGCCUUCUGCCUGCUCGCACUCGCGCCCGCCCUGCCAGGCGGGGACGAGGCGGAGCAGCUAGCGUUCAUGGGGCCCAGGGCUGCCCAGGGCCGCGCGGCAGCACCCUGCAGGCCGCUUCUUGCCGGCGCCGCGCCCUCCCGGGCGGGGCCGCCGAGGUUGCCGGGCUCGCCAGCCACGCCCAGGGGCGGCCUGGGCCGGGCUGGCGCGGCUGGGCAGUGGCGCGGACCCCCGCCGGCGGUCAGCGGCCUCGGGGGCGCCGCCCUGGGCCUGCUGCUGGCGGCGGGGCGGCGCAGGUCACGCGGCUCGGCGCGGAGGGGCGCCAGGGGCGCUGGCUCGGCGUCGGCGGCUGGCGCCGCGGGCUGGAAGGGGGCGAAGGUCGUGCCCACCGCGAUAACCAUUGGGAUCGGGCUCCUCAUCCGUUUCGCCAUCCCAGUGCCAGCGGGCGUCUCACCGCAGGGGUGGUCGGUGCUCUCCCUGUUCAUCGCGACGAUCUGCGGCAUCGUGACGGGCCCGCUGCCCCCGCCGGGCGUCGCCUUCUGCGCCCUGACCGUGGGGAUGCUCACCGGCACGCUCACCUUCGGCGAGGGCGUGGCCGCCUUCACCGACGAGGUGCUGUGGCUCGUGCUCCUCGCGUUCUUCUUCUGCAAGGGCUUCGCCAAGACUGGCCUCGGUGAGCGCAUCGCCCUGAGCAUCGUGCGCCUGGUGGGCAGCACCACCCUCGGCCUCGCCUACGGCCUGAACGCGGCGGAGGGCGCCCUCGCUGCUGGCAUGCCCUCCUCGGCUGCCCGUGCGGCGGGCGUGUUCUAUCCUUUAGUGCGCUCGGUGGCCCAGGCCAGCGGCUCGGAUCCGGCAGACGGCACGGAGAGGAAGACCGGGGCGUUCCUGGUGCAGUCGGCCUUCCAGGCCACUGGGAACUCUUCCUCGCUCUGGCUGUUCGGGGCCGCGCAGAACCUCCUUGCUCUGAAGCUUGCGGCGCAGGCAGGGUACGUCAUCAACAACCCAUUCAUUGCGUGGCUCAAGGCCACCUGUGUCCCUGCGCUGACGGCCAUGGUCCUGACGCCCCUCCUGGUGUACAAGGUGCUCCCUCCUGAGGUCAAGGAGACGCCCGAGGCACCUAAAGAGGCCAAGAGGAAGCUCGAUGAGAUGGGCCCGAUGUCCAGGGAUGAGAUCAUCUUGGGCUCCACCAUCCUGGGCAUGCUGUUCAUGUGGGCCGGCGCGAGUGUCAUCGGCGUGAAGCCUGUGACUACCGCAGUGCUCGGGCUCUCAGCGCUCCUGUUCACCGGCACCCUGACGUGGGGCGACUGCGCCGGCGAGUCGGGCGCCUGGACCACCAUGACGUGGUUUGCAAUUCUCGUUAGCAUGAGUGCCAUGCUGAACAAGACGGGCGUGGUGCAGUGGCUUGCAGGCGUCAUCUCCUCCAGGAUCCUCGCUGCGGGCCUGUCUGCCGUGCCCGCCUUCGCCCUUCUGCUGGUCAUGUACACCUUCUCGCACUAUGCCUUUGCAUCCCAGGUCGCCCACCUGAGCGCGCUUUAUGUGCCCUUCGUGGUGAUGAUGGUGCAAACAGGAACGCCACCAGCGGUGGCCGUGUUCGCCCUGGCCGCGGCCUCUAAUUUGUUCGGCUCCCUCACGCCCUACGCCUCGGCGCAGGCACCAGUUUUCUUUGCUGGUGGCUACGUGUCCCAGAAGGAGUGGUAUAAGCUCGGCCUAAUCUUCAUGAUAUUCAACAUGGCAGUGUGGACAUCGGUUGGUGCAGUGUGGUGGAAGGUGAUCGGCUUAUACUGAUCCCUGCCGACGUCAGUCCGAUGGAGGGUGAUCGGCUUAUACAAAGCCCUGCCGACGCGGCAAGCAGCCUUUUGUCGCUGCAUUUUUUGUAUUCUGCUGCCCGGGUGGAGCCCGUUGAGAUUGCGCCCCGCGCCCAGGGUGCUUCGGAUACGCGCUGACGCAUGGCACGUGUUUCAUUGAGAUAUAUGUCCACAACGAGGAAUUCAGGGAGGAACAGAGGGACAGAG